UACCUUAAACAACAUGGAUGACUCAUCCUCUACUAAUAAAUAUGAUGAAAAAGAGGACAAAAUUUCUGAUUCUAAAUCAGACCCAAGCACCUCUGAACACUAUUUAGCCUUGGAGGACAGCAUUGGCUAUGAGAACAUUGUCACCGAUGACAAUGUUGUUGCCUAUGACAACGUUGUUGCUUAUGACAACGGCAUUGCUUAUGAAAACACCACUGCUAGUGAGGCUGCCGAAGCCCCUGAGAUUGCUACUGCCUAUGAUAAUGGCACUGCUUCUGAAAACAACAACAUUGCCUAUGAGGGCAUAGCGCCCUACGAAGGCGUCAUUUCAUCUAGCUCUUCCUCCCACUACUGCCCGCCUGUCCAUGGGUCAUUGGAGACUGAAAAUUUAAGUAUCCCCACUGAGAUAAGUGAUCAAGAUUUGGACAAGCCAGAGAAAAUCUGCAAACAAAAUAUCGCCAAAUUAUUGGAUGCUCUAAACCUUGACCGUGAAGACAACAAAAACCAGGAGAAUGAGUUCUUAGGAAAAAAGGAUGAAAAUCUGAACACGGAGAAGCUAUGCAAACUACUCAUUACUCUGAUCUUCGAUACUGUUACAGGCUCUAACGACGAAAACUCACCAAUUACGUUGGAACUAAAGGAAGAAAUCAAAAAGUUAGAUAAAAACCAGAAGGAGAAGGUAAAACAAACUAUCUCCAAACUCUCUGAUGUAUCACAGAAACUUAAGGAACUUCUAGAAGAUGAAAAAUAUGACAGUGAAGCCACUGAAGAUGUCCAGCUGUCCACCGGCACUCCAUUCCAUAUAACAAGCCAGGAGAGUUGCCCUGAAAAGGAUCCUUCAGGGUCACCGAAGCAACCAGUGGAGACAGAGAUUCCUACCGACACGGAGACUACAAAUUGUCUGAAUUUCCGAUCCAUUGGCAAAUGGUUCAGGAAGCAUUUUUUUCCCUGUGUUCAGGGGAGAAGGAACGCUGAGAGGGCAAACCAGAUCCCUGGUGAGCGGGCACCCAAGAGACAUUUCCGUAGAAGCAAGAAAGUUCAACCUGAAGAAUCCCUCAUUUAAGACACCCUAUAGAUUCAGACAGUUCAUGGUUUUAUGUAUUAAAGAGAUAUUUCUGUAGAAGCAAGAUAAUUCACCCUGAAGAAUCCCUCAGUUAGGACACCCUAUAGACUCACAUAGUUCAUAGCCCCCAUGGUUUUAUGUUUUUUCAAUAA